UGUUUCUCUCUAUGUUGCAGAUGUUCCAGAUGCCCCGCAAAACGUCGAGAUAACUGAACUCAAGGAUCAAAGACAUAUCCUUUUGGCUUGGGUGCCUGGCAGUGACCACAACAGUUCCGUAAUCGAAUUCAUUGUGGAGUAUGAGGAGAGCCAAUGGGAACCGGGCAAGUGGAAAGAGCUCCACAAAGUCCCCGGUAACCAGGCAACAGCCGAGCUGGCACUCCACGGACAUCUUAACUACCAGUUCAGAGUGUACGCAGUGAAUGCUGUUGGACCUGGGCCCCCCAGUGAGCCCACUGAGCGCUACAAAACCCCCCCAGCUGCUCCUGAUAGGAACCCAGAAAACAUUAAAAUAGAAGGCCGCCUACCUCAUCAAAUGGGCAUCAGCUGGGAGCCACUGUUGCCUGUUGAACACAAUGGCCCAGGCCUGGAGUACAAAGUCAGCUACAGGAAACUCGCUGUGGACGAUACCUGGACAGAACACCUGAUCAAAAGACACUCCUUUGUUGUGAGAAACACGUCAACAUUCAUCCCGUAUGAAAUAAAAAUUCAGAGCAGGAACAGCCACGGCUGGGGACCGGAGCCUAAAAUCGCUACGGGUUAUUCUGGAGAAGAUGUCAUCUUUCGCCAUUGUCUACGGGAAAAUUUGUCAGUUCCCACCGCCGCACCGCGGGAUGUCGCAGUGGAGGUGAUGAACACAACUGUUCUGAGAGUAAGCUGGACCCCAGUUCCACCGGCCACACUGAGAGGUCACCUUAAGGGGUACCAUGUUCACUGGCUGCGGAAGCGAAGUUUCCUGAAUCCAGACAAGAUCUUGGAUGAGCGCCACACGCUGUCAUUUCCCGGGAAGAGGACGCAUGCCAUUGUGCCCAACCUGGACGCCUUCUCAGAGUAUACGCUCACUGUCAACGUCUUCAACAAGAAGGGAAACGGGCCGAGUAGUGACCCAGUCACCUUCAACACUCCAGAGGGAGUUCCGGAACAAGUGCCCAUUCUGACCACCUCCAAUGCCCAGAAAGAGUCCAUCCGGCUUGUAUGGGCUCCGCCGCUGGUUGCAAACGGCAUCCUGACUGGCUACCUCCUGCAGUACCACCUCAGUAUGUGUACCCAGGAACUCACACACGUACACACACAUCACAAUAACCUACGGCUGGUCGAUUCAUACAUACUGAAGCCCUCUGGGAUUGUAUGCAUGAAUAUGUGUACCACGUUCGAUUUUACAUAUGGGAGGCAAUGUGUCCAAUAUUUGACGUACAUAUGGUUUGUUUAACAGGUUGAAUGUAUA